UGGAGCUGUAACACAUGAAUUUUACAUGAAAAUGGAUUGUUUUCAUCGGAUUAUGAACAGUUUCUUUCUACUCUCCGUCGCGUUUUUCUUUUAUUCUCUGGCCAGUGAGGUGUCAGUUUGCACAUACUACAUUGAUGCCAGGUACUCUCAGCCAGAAUCAGGCUUGCCGAACUGCUCGUGGUACAACAAAAAUGCCUGCUGCAAAAGAACAGAAGUUACCGCCGUAUUGGGGAGUAUGUUCAAGGUGGAUCAAGCUACAAAUUCUUGCCGCUACCAUCUGAACUACAUGAUGUGCUAUUUCUGUAGCCCUGAGCAAAUCAACUGGUAUGAUACGAGGCUAUACAUCUGCUCAGAAUUCUGUGAUACGACCUUCGAACAGUGCAAGACAGGAUAUUACAACAGCAAACUCAUCGGAGACCAGUAUCGUGACGGACGAGCCUUUUGUGAGGCUAACAGCUUCCAUGUAGUGCCCGGAAGAGAACGUUGUUUCAACUAUGACCCCACUGUCUUUGCAAACGCACCGUUGUCCGUUGGUUCGAUCAUCUUAACUCUCGGGCUCUCGGUGUUAGUUCUACUCAGUGUGCUCAAGUAGCUGGAUGUUUUUAUGUUCCCCAUUGUACUUUUGAAAUAAGAAAAUAAAAAAAAUCUAUUGACCAAAUAAUUGUUGAUGCAUUCGACAUGAGUACUAGGUUCUGGCCUCAAGAGAUCUGGUUGUCUUUGUUUUUUGACUAACUUCCAAAAUGUCUGCAAAGUAUUAGUACUUUAUUCUUCUUAAAGUAAAGAUAGUACUAAGAUGUAAAAAAAAACAAAAAAACUAGGACCUUAUUUGAUACAAGGCAUACGUUGACUGCACUUUUUAUUUAUUACAGUGAAUGAUUUUGAAGUAUGGAUAGAACGGUAAGUACUUAUUUUUGGAGGUGUUGCGGUAUAGUGGUUCAUCCACUUGAUUCUCAGUCCCAUGGUCGUGAGUCCAAAUCUCAGCCCGACACUAACAUCCUUCUACAAAACAUUAAUCCACAUUUGCUACUCUUAACCCAGGUGUAAAUAGGUACUCAAUAUGCUAGAAUGCUAUGAAAGGGGUAACUAUGCUCAAGCACCAGGAGUGUCGUAGCAUUGCUGACAUGUGCACUAUAUAAGAAGCCACCUUAUAUUAUUUUUAGUCUUCAAAAUAACAGAAGUCUCAGGUACUCAAUUACAUCUCAAUUACAUUUUGGUUCUCUUAUUCUUUCUUAAUAAGCAGUUAAUAAUCAAUCAGUAUUGUGCCAUUCGAUGUAUUCUAUAGUGCAAUAUUUUAAAAAGAUAUAAAGUAAAUUGUUUAGUGUUUUUCUUCUAUAACAACAGACAUUUAACAAUAACGCUGACACAAAAAUGUGGCUCUGUCUUGGUUGAAGGCUGAAGGCAA